AUGGACGAGGACAUUGUUUCAGUCCAGCAUACAAUGCGUUUGUUAAAACUGAAAUUAAUGAGAGCAGAUUGGAGAAGUUUGAAGGGUCAUUCAGUUUUCACAGCCAAUGCAUCCUCAGAUAAGCAUUCCCAAGGUCAGUCAGUGCCAGGAGAGGGCCUCCAUGUGGAGAUUCAGACCAGUGACAGGAGCCAGGUGUCAGAAUGCACCACUGACCGCACGGCUCUGUGUGCUUCCCUUGCAGACACGACCACCUAUGCCACUGAGCGGUCCGAGCACUUCAAGCCCUGCCGGGACAAGGACCUGGCCUACUGUCUCAAUGACGGCGAGUGCUUCGUGAUCGAAACCCUGACUGGAUCCCACAAACACUGUCGGUGCAAGGAAGGCUAUCAAGGAGUCCGUUGUGAUCAAUUUCUGCCGAAAACUGACUCCAUCUUAUCAGAUCCAACAGACCACUUGGGGAUUGAAUUCAUGGAGAGUGAAGAAGUUUAUCAAAGGCAGGUGCUGUCAAUUUCAUGUAUCAUCUUUGGGAUUGUCAUCGUGGGCAUGUUCUGUGCAGCAUUCUACUUCAAAAGCAAAAAACAAGCUAAACAACUUCAAGAGCAGCUGAAAGAACCGCAGAAUGGUAAAAACUACAGUCUCAAAGCAUCCAGUGCCAUGGCAAAGUCAGAGCACUUGGUGAGGAAUCAUGUCCAGCUGCAGAAUUACUCAAAGGCGGAGAGGCAUCCUGUGACUGCACUGGAGAAAAUGAUGGAGUCAAGCUUUGCUGGCCCCCAGUCAUUCCCAGAGGCCCCUUCUCCUGACAGAGGAAGCCAGUCUGUCAAACACCACAGCCGAAGUCUCUCCUCCUGCUGCAGUCCAGGACAGAGGAGUGGGGUGCUCCACCGGAACGCCUUCAGGAGGACGCCCCCCUCACCCCGAAAUAGGCUGGGCGGGAUUGUGGGGCCAGCGUAUCAGCAACUUGAGGAAUCAAGGAUCCCUGACCAGGAUACAAUACCUUGCCAAGGGAUAGAGGUCAGGAAGACUAUAUCCCACCUGCCUAUACAGCUGUGGUGUGUUGAAAGAUCCCUGGACUUAAAGUAUUCAUCCACCGGUUUAAAAACCCAACAGGAUGCAUCCGCACAUAUGCAACUGCCUUCGAGAGAGACAAACUCCUAUUUUAAUAGCUUGGAUCAGAAGGACCUGAUGGGAUAUUCAUCCCCAAGGGCCAGUUCUGUGCCCAUCAUCCCUUCGGUGGGGCUGGAGGAAACCUGCAUGCAAAUGCCAGGGAUUUCUGAAGUCAAAAGCAUCAAAUGGUGCAAAAACUCCUACUCUGCUGAUGUUGUCAAUGUGAGUAUUCCAGUCAGCGAUUGUCUUUUAGCAGAACAACAAGAAGUGAAAAUAUUGCUAGACACUGUCCAGGAGCAGAUCCGAAUUCUGACUGAUGCCAGGAGGUCAGAAGACUACGAACUGGCCAGUGUAGACGCUGAGGACAGCGCGAGUGAAAACACCGCCUUUCUCCCCCUGAGUCCCAUGGCCAAAUCAGAACGGGAGGCACAGUUUAUCUUAAGAAAUGAAAUACAAAGAGACUCUGCAUUGACCAAGUGACUUGAGAUGUAGGAAUCUGUGCAUUCUAUGCUUUGCUCAACAG